AUGCACAGAGAGAUCUCCCCUGGAAACCCUAACCCUAACCCUAACCCUAAUUCCCCCAUGCCAGGUUUCUGCUACUUCCUCCACGCGUUGGCCCGGAUUCAGCAGGACGUGGCCCCGCAGCGAUCUCCAGGGAAGAAGGGGAGGAGGAUCCGUCGCGCCGCCUAUGCCUCCAUGGCGGUCGCCGCUGCGCCAAGGCGCAUGGCCUGGAGUAGGGCGCUCCUCCGCCGCCUCCGCAGACGAUCCGCUAGCCCAAGGAGGAAAACGAUUACGGUUACUCGGAAGAAAACGCGGACGGAGAGACAGGAGGAUGAACUCCGGCGGCUGGUUCCCGGCGGGAGGAGGAUGGACCUCUGCAGUCUCCUGGAGGAGACCGGCGACUACCUCCAGUGCCUCGCGGCCCAGGUUAGUCUCAUGCAGUGGGUCGCCAGGUCCAUCUCCGAAUAA